UUACAACUCUGUAUGCGUGAAUGUGCACCGCUUGAGAAACGAAAAGAGAAAUCUUAAUAUAGUUCCAAGUAAUAGCUUAAACUUUCUGGUUCAUAUGCCUUCUGAGAUGAUAGUGAUUGUGACAUCUUUUGGAGUGGGGAAUAAAAAGAAGCGGAUGAAAAUAAUUUCAUGGAAGAUGGUGCUCUUAUGCAAGUUCGAGCCACUAAAAAUCAUCGUUUGUUAUAAAGGGAGGAGAAGCUAUGUUAACAGGCCUACUUUAUAACCCUCUUUAGCUCUGUAAAAAUAUAUUUCAAUGGGUGGAAGUGCUGCUAGAAUUCCUAUGGCGAAGCCAUUCUGCCUGUAUGACAGUAAUCGGAAGGGAUGCUUUACAGUAAAGAGGCUGAUUGCCAUGAAGCCCUGUUGCCAUGGCAUUCUUUGGACCAGCUGUAUAUGAAUUCUUGCAGGGAGGAUGGGAAGUGCGAGAGUUUCGAUGUAUUUCAAAAAUAGCUCUUCUAAUGGAAGAAAAAAAACUAUUUCAUUCAGGAAAAAGAAGUAUAAAUCCACAUUUAUUUGUAGAGUUUUCCUAGCUCCGGGAGGUGGGGGAGGCAGGGAGAAAGCAGCAUGAAUAUGAUUCAUUGGUAGUGUCUGUUUGUUCCUGAUUCAUUACAUUUCACUGCAUAAAGAGAUCUUUGCCUGGAUUCUUAUGUCAACAUGGGAGGAGACAUGGCUUUGAAUGAGCCAGUUCCGUGGAACCCUGACAUCUAUCCAUCAUUUUGUAUACAAAUAAUAAAAUUAAAAUAAAUAAAGAAAAAUGAGUAAACUACUGCUUUCACAGAUCAGCAAAUGGAUAUUGAGAUUUGCUCUGCCAAUAUAACAGACCUUGCCAUGUUCUCUGUGUAUUAUAGAAUGGGAAACUAUUUGAUAUGGCUUAAUUAAACAUUUAGAAAUAAACUCUGAUUUUAUCAUAUGCUAGAACAGUAUUGGAUUUUAUUCAGGAGGUUUUACUCUGUCAAGAAAUUCCAAACAAGAUUUUAUGUUAAAGGAGGGGGAAAAAAAAUCUACAUGCUAAGGCAAGCAUUAAAGAUCCAAAUGCGUGAGUGAGAGGGGGUUUUCCAGAAUGAUAAUAUACUGAUUUGGGGAAGGAAGAGGAUUUGCUUGAAUGUGCACAGGACUUCCUCCAUUUUUUGUAAAGACGGCUGUAUUGCUAAAGUCAGCAGUACCUGCAAAAGCUGUCGUCAUUUCUUCUUCGUUGCAUUCGGCAAAGGAAUACUAAUCUGGACUGGGAAACCCCUCUUUAGCCAACUAAAGGACCUGGACUAUUCAUAAUUCAUAAGUGCUUCAAGGCAGCUUGCUGGAAACAUUUGGAUUAGUGUUGGCUCCUUCGUGCAGUCCUCUCCUUCACAUCUUCUUUGUGUUUUGCCAGUGGAUGAGUCUUUACAGUCUUGGCAUGAAGCCAUGAUUGCUGGAAUUUCAGAAUUUUGCAAAUAGUGAUUUUUCACUUACGAAGAAAUUGGGAAUUCCUUCUCUUUUGAACUGUGGAUUCUUUGUAGGGGAUUUGUUUUGUUUGUUGUUGGUGUGCAGAGUCUCCCAAAAUGCCUGAAGCAAACUAUUUAUUAUCUGUGUCAUGGGGCUACAUCAAGUUCAAGAGAAUGUUGAACCGGGAACUGACACAUCUUUCAGAAAUGAGCCGAUCAGGGAAUCAAGUUUCUGAAUAUAUUUCAAACACCUUCCUAGACAAGCAGAAUGAUGUGGAGAUUCCCUCUCCCACACAGAAGGAUAGAGAGAAAAAGAAGAAGCAGCAACUUAUGACACAGAUCAGUGGCGUGAAGAAGCUGAUGCACAGUUCAAGCUUGAAUAAUACUAGUAUUUCAAGAUUUGGUGUGAAAACAGAAAAGGAAGACCAUUUAGCAAAGGAGCUGGAAGAUCUGAAUAAAUGGGGUCUAAACAUAUUUAAUGUUGCAAGAUAUUCCCACAGUAGACCUCUCACCUGCAUUAUGUAUGCCAUAUUUCAGGAAAGAGAUCUGCUGAAGACAUUCAAGAUCUCAUCGGACACCUUUAUAGCUUACAUGAUGACUUUAGAAGACCACUACCAUCCUGACGUCGCCUAUCACAACAGUCUCCACGCAGCUGAUGUGGCUCAGUCAACUCAUGUUCUUUUGUCUACUCCAGCCUUGGAUGCUGUCUUUACGGAUUUGGAAAUUCUUGCAGCAAUUUUUGCGGCUGCAAUUCAUGAUGUGGAUCAUCCGGGUGUCUCCAAUCAAUUUCUGAUCAACACAAAUUCCGAACUUGCCCUAAUGUACAAUGAUGAGUCUGUUUUAGAAAAUCACCACCUUGCUGUGGGUUUUAAGCUGCUGCAAGAAGAGAAUUGUGACAUCUUCCAGAAUCUGACCAAGAAACAACGUCAAAGUCUCAGGAAAAUGGUGAUAGACAUGGUCUUGGCAACAGAUAUGUCCAAACAUAUGUCUCUUCUGGCUGACUUGAAAACCAUGGUCGAAACUAAAAAGGUGACAAGCUCUGGUGUUCUUCUUCUGGAUAAUUACACAGAUAGAAUACAGGUUCUCCGAAAUAUGGUCCAUUGUGCAGACCUAAGUAACCCCACAAAAUCCCUUGAACUCUAUCGGCAGUGGACUGACAGAAUCAUGGAGGAAUUUUUCCAGCAAGGGGACAAAGAACGGGAGAGAGGAAUGGAAAUCAGUCCAAUGUGUGACAAACACACAGCAUCUGUGGAGAAGUCUCAGGUUGGUUUCAUUGAUUACAUUGUACAUCCACUUUGGGAGACCUGGGCAGACCUAGUACAGCCUGAUGCCCAAGAUAUCCUAGAUACCCUAGAAGACAACCGAAAUUGGUACCAGAGCAUGAUCCCUCAGAGUCCCUCUCCUCCCCUUGAAGAACGCAGCAGAGACUGUCAAGGCCUGAUGGAGAAGUUCCAGUUUGAGCUGACCCUUGAAGAAGAAGACUCAGAUGGGCCCGAGAAAGAGGGUGAUGGGAUCAGCUAUUUCAGCAGUACAAAGACACUCUGCGUGAUUGAUCCCGGAAGAAGGGAUUCCCAAAGGGAAGCUGAUAUAGAAAUUCUGGAGGAAGAUACAUCACCCAUUGAUACUUAAUAUACUGUAUCUGUGUUGGUGAAUUUGAAUAUUUCAUGCACAUGCAGGUUGUCUUGCUGACGAGCCUGAAAUCUAGGUCUUGGGCCAGCAUCUACCAUUGGUUAGAAGACCUUUCCAGCUACUUGAGAUUGGAGUCAGGGUUAAAGAGGGUGUAGUGACUGCUCAGGAAAUUAACAGGUGAUUUAUAUUGCAGUGUCAAGCUUUGUCAGCCAAAAAAAAAAUACACACAAUCUUUUUGGUGAUCGAGAGCCAGUGUGAGUUGUUACUGAACAAGCCUGAUAGGAAAUGACACACAACUGAAACAUGCUCUAUUCUUCAGAGGUUGUGAAACCUAGACAGGUCUGACAGCUAGAACUACUGAUUCAUAACUCUGCAUUUAAAACUUGUCCACCUGUCUGCAGACCCGUGUGCCUUUUUUAUAAACACUUCCACAUCUUUUUGAGAGACCUACUAAAUACGCAGUAUAACGUGUUUGAUAUGGUUGUAUAAUUUUUUAAAUUAUUAUUAUUGUUAUUCCUGUUUUAAAGAAAGAAGUCUUCCUUUUAAAGGGCAAUACUUGUUACUUUAUUGCAGUUUAAUCACUUUGACUCACUAAAUAAAGCAGGGUGCCCUCUUUUCAUAAUUGCACAUUUGGUCACUUUAUCAGUCUGCAAGACUUGUGUAACUCCUCUGUUUGCUUGCUGCUGAAAACAGUAUUUUCCACUCAAAACUGUUUUUGACUUCUGUUGUGCACAGGAUAAAAGUGUAGCUUUUUGUUCUCAUAGCACAAUCCAGCACAUGUAAAACAAAACAAAACCCAGCAUACUGAGGUAGCGUGAUGUGCAUUCUCUCCUCAUUGUCUUUUCCCCUCUUUUAACUCAGUGGAAGUUGUAUGCUUUAAGUCCUCUUGUGUUUUUUUUCCUGCAUAGCUCAUGUCAGCUAAAUUAAGUCUCCUUUUUCCUCCUGCACUUGCCUUGAGCUCUAACGUGUCCAGUACUGUUUAUAACAGUGUAUUUAUUACUUAAUGUAUAUACUGUAAUGUUUUGUAAGUAUUAAUUUAUAUAAAUUAACAUUGCCUGUCAGCGGUGAUGUUACUUAUGUAGAAGACUCUGGAUGAGAGUUGCCUUUCUUGUAACCUUUUGUAUUGCAUAAAAUAGAAGAACCUGAACAUAGCUUAAAAGAGACAUAUGGAACCCAGAGAGGGCAUUCAGAGGGCAUUGGCUCAGGGGGAUUCAUUUUCACUAGCAUUUGUUGGAUAGAGACUUGGAAGGGUCUGUUCAGAUGAUGUGAAACUACUGAAGCUCUGGAGAAGAGCUCCCCAGUAAAACACCACAAAUGUUAUGUGUCGUUUUCCAAUUUACGAACAAGCCAAUGUGAAUUUCUAUUACAAAAUGUGAACUGAUAUGUUAUAAUUGUGCUGUGAAACUUCUUCCAACAAAGCUUGUAAGGCAUGCACACGGUGCCAAUUUCAGUUUGUAAAACUAUGUUUCAAGCUUUCAGUCCAACUUGUGACUAACUAACUAGUUAAUGAAAAUAGCACAGUUGUGCAUGAUCAAUGGGUUUGUAUGUCUGUUGAACACUGCAUUGUUCAAGAUGGUUAUUUUAUUGUUUUAAAGAUUCACAAUUGUAAUGUUGUUAUAGUAUUAUAUAUUGUGUUCAGAUGCAUUCUUAAGAGAUUUUUAUAUGAAGUGAAUAAAUGAAAGCAUGACUUAGA